AAUCCCACGUGUCGCCGGCCUCCGCGGCUUUGUACUCGGAUUGGACAGCGUGGCUCAUGAAUAAACACGCAGCCUCAUUAAUAUUAGAGAAGCGCCCAAAAGUCCUCCCUGAUUGGUCUUCCACGCUAUCAAUCGUGCUGCGCUCGGCAGGGCACCGGGUUAGGUUGGCUCUCUCAAUGAACCUGCUGCAGACGCAAUCAAACGCGGAGGCCUGACUGAAGUACCGUAGAUAUUAUUAAUUAAAAUAAAUAAAAAUAAACACAGUCAGAGAAAUAGGAGCCCGUGCGGUGGACUUUGCAAAAUAAAUACUUCUUAUUUAUUUUUUAUUUAUUUAUUUUAAUUAACAUUUGUAAUGUAUGAAAAGCUGCGUCGUUUUGCAUGCAGAUUGAUAAUAUUGCAGCAACGGGUAUAGUUCGAGCGACACCGGAGAUACACACGGAGUCGCACUGACCCGCCUGCGCUUUCUGUAAACGGUUUAGAUUACAUUGAAUUCGUGACCACCGGCUGCCCCCCGGUCUCCCUCUGCUGCAUCACCCCACACAUCGCCAGGCCGGUGCGGAAGAUGAGACAGACGGCCGGGUGCUGGCUGCUGUUAUCCGGGCUGCUGGCUCUCUGCGGAGCCAGUGGCGCGCUGUCCAGCCUGGCAGACCAGGUCAUCUGGGCGGUUAACUGCGGCGGAGAGGCGCACACGGACACCCACGGGAUCCAUUACAAGAAAGACCCCCUGGAAGGGAAGCUCGGGAAAGCUUCGGACUAUGGGAUGCGUUUGCCGAUCCUGCGCUCCAGCCCCGAGGAUCAGAUCCUGUACCAGACGGAACGCUACAACGAGGACUCCUUCAGCUAUGAGGUGCCGAUCCGCGAGGAGGGCGAUUACGUGGUGGUGCUGAAGUUCGCCGAGGUUUACUUCGCACAGUCCCAGCAGAAGGUGUUUGAUGUGAAGCUGAACAGUCACUUUGUGGUGAAGGACCUGGAUAUCUUUGAUAAGGUGGGGCACAGCACUGCCCACGACGAGAUCGUCCCCUUCAGCAUCGUCAAGGGCAAGCUGAGCGUCAACGGAGAGGUGUCCACCUUCAACGGCAAGCUCACCGUGGAGUUCGUAAAGGGUUACUACGACAACCCCAAGGUGUGCGGGCUCUACGUCAUGAAGGGAACCCUGGAAGACGUGCCCAAGCUGCAGCCUCACCCAGGCCUGGAGAAGAAGGAGGAAGAGGAGGAGGAGGAGGAGUAUGAGGAAGGAGGGGAGGGGAAGAAGACGCCGGCCGCCAAGCACCGUGUCCAGUCCGGCCCCCGCACCCCCAACCCCUACGCAGCCGACAACAGCAGCCUCAUGUUCCCCAUCCUCGUGUCGUUCGGAGUCUUCAUCCCCACGCUGUUCUGUCUCUGCCGUCUGUGAGUUCACAACAUGAUAUUGAAAAAUGACCCCUUCACCGUGAUGCUUCAGCUGACUGCGUCCUUACUCUGCUUCACCGACUAGGAACCUGAACUGCAGUUCUGUUUCCAGACAGGGUCUGCUUGGAGGGAGGAGACAUGCUUUCUUUCUGUGUGUGUGUGUGUGUGCGUGUGUGCGUUUCUGCGUGUGGUCUGUGUCUAUGCGAGUGACUUGAUGGUGCUGUUAUGAUGUGCUGUGAAUACAGUGGAGAUGGACGCUGUCUAAAGCACCAUGUCUUCAGGACAGUGCUUGUGGACCCCUGUGCGUCUCCGUUGGCUCUUCACCUGCUGAAUGGAAUCGAGGAGCUGAGAGACAUUGAAGAAAGAGGUCCUGCCUGCUCUGCAAACUGGGGGACUAGGGGACUAUCCCUUCAAUCGGAUUGGUACAGAGGUGGGCAGGCUGUCUGCUCCGACGCAUCCUAUUGGCUGCCUCUACCUUGGGGGGGUGGGGUUGUUAAGAUAAAGCCUCAGGCUAAAGGACUAACAGGACGUUCAGAGUUUUUGUUUUUUUUUACUUCUGUUGCGUCCUUUCCUCCCUCUCUUGCAAGGUAUAUUACCCUGGGAAGUGGAAAAGGUGCUGGAUGACAGUUAUUUUUUAUUUAUUUAUUUUUGUCUUAUUUUCUUUUCUGCCUGUAGUAGUAAGGUAACAAUUGCCUUUUUGGGAAUGGAAAUGGAAGGGUGUGCUGUGUCUAAAACACCGCAGUAAUACUGCGGUGUACACAAACAGCUGCUGUCUGAGUAGCCACAACUCUAGAUUCCAAGCCCACCCUACCUCCCAGCCCGCCUCUUGCCAUACAGAACGACGACAUACAAAGAGACCUUGAUUAUCGCCAAACACCCCGUUAUCCAAACUGAGUGAGUUUCCUGGGUUGUUCGGACCCUGCGUCUGCCUAGAAGCCUUAACCUCAACCAGGGUCUUUCCAGGGGCUGCAUUGCCAGCCUAGCCCAAGUACUGCCCCUCCCUGCCUCUAGUCUGCCCCCAAACCUGCAUGCAACCUUUGAACUGGAGAUGUUUAUCCCAGUUACGUAUGGUACGGUUGCAAGCUGUCGGGUAUGUACUUUGAUAUAGAAUAGACUGUCAAUCUGUAUUGGGUCUAGAAUACAUGCAUGCAUACAGCACCUUGCUGUGGAGCAGCCACCUCCUCCCCUAGACUGUGGACAGCCUUAAUCCGUCAUCCCAUGGCUGCUCCCCCAGAGCUAAGCCUUGCUCCAGUCGUGCCAAUCUCCUCUUUAUUGCAAGGGGCUGUGCCUCCCCACCUUCCAUCCCUGCCUCCCUGCCUGCCUGCCUGCCUGCCUGCCUGCCUUGCAGACCACACUGCAGUUGCCCCAGACUCCCUGUCCAUUUGGGCGCUUUUCUUUAUUUUUGAUUUUAUUUUUAUGCAAGGAACUUGGUGAUGGUUUUUUUUUUCUCACAUUGGGUUGCAAACGGUACUGUAAAUAAAUCUUAAUAUUUGACUUGGGAAUUCCCUCAUUCUCCCGCAUACAGAAUACUUCACUUUUUUUUUUUUUUUUUUUUUUGAUUUUUUUUUAAAUAAUAAAUAAUAAUAAUUGAAAUGUCAUGUCAUUAAUGAAGGAAUGUUUCCUAGGUGGGUGCUUGUGUUUUUAAGCAUGUUAAAUCGAGUCGCAGCCUGCACAUGCGGGUUAUACAUCUCAGUACUGCGUUGUGCACUACAAUCUCCAAAACACUGGUUUCUACCGCACGGCUCGCCCUGCUGCUGUCCGGUACAAAGGUUUUAAACAGACCUGCUGUGUCGGUGGCAUGUAUUUUAGUUUGUCCACCUCCUGUAAUAUAAUCGAUGUAGCCAGACAUGCUGUUUGUGUAGCUGUGUCGGUCCUGCUUGACUGUGGGUCUGUGUGUGCGAGGGGCGGACACAGAUCUGCUGUGUGUGUGUGUGCGAGGGACGGACACAGAUCUGCUGUGUGUGUGUGCGAGGGGCGGACACAGAUCUGCUGUUUUUUUUUUUUUUGCCUGAUCCAGUGGUUUAGUUUGCAGGAGCCCUCUCUUCAAAGAGGAAUUGGGAACGGUGAGAGAGCUCAGGGUUUAGAGAGGUUGAGGAGGCAGACACCUUUUCAAAUAAAAAUAAAAUAAAUAACGGAUGGUAAAAAUUAAGAAAUGUUACCUGCAGCUUGGGCAAGAUGUAUUUAUUAUCCUGAAGGAGCUUUGAAGAACAGUUGUGAUGAUGUUCAUCCUUCUUUUCAAUGUUUGAGUUGCAUUCAUUUAUUUUUAAGAUGAAUUCUGUCCCUUAUUUCACAGGGUUAGUGGUUGGGUGAUUGGGAUUCAGGACCUGUAAUGUUCAGGGAAGAAAGAACGAAUCCUGUGCUGGCGCACAUACAGAUAGAUUGUAGCAGUUCCCAGCAGCCUCUGACUGGUGUCGGUUUGGGUCCCCUGGAAGGUCCCCAGUGCAGAGACAGUCUCCAGAUUAGCACACGCCCACACAGCGUGCCAUUGGCUGUUGUUUCUCAGCUAUUGGGUGCCUGUCGUUCCUGAAUGUGAACUCCAUUCACUGCCCUGACUGUGCCCAGAUCACCUGUUUACACUGUAGCUGUUGAUUACAAAAAAAUGCCGCUUUGAAACAAAUUUUUUUGUUUGUUUGUUUUGGCACAAUAGGAGUAUUUGUCAUUUUUUGCUUUUAAUCAGUGCUUUAAUCACAUUUUUUCAGAAAGUGCUUUAUUCCCAAAGAAAUGCUGCCAUGUUGUCUCUCCUGUCAGCCAGCCACAGAUUAUUAACCAGGCUGAUAAUCACGCUGCGGAUGCUGGCUACUGUAAAUGUCUCCAUUAUUACUUUGAAAUGUUUAAUUAAAAAAAAACAAAACAAACAAAAAAAACAAUUAGCUUUUUUGUUAAUUUUUAUUAACAUUAUUAUUUUAUUUUCUCUCAGGAUCUUGGGUUUGAGGGGUUAUGCUGUUUUUGGUGUUAAUUUUGCACUGUGGUGACCUUUUUAAAUUUUUUAUUAGCAGUGUGUUACAAAAAAAAAAUGUCAAUCCAUUUUUACAUGAGUCCAUUGUUCAUAAAAAGAUGCCUUUAUGUCUUGAAUACAUGCACGUGUGCUUUAA